AUGGUGAGUUGGUGUCGUGUACAUAUGUGUGACUCUAGGAUUCAAGGGAAAAAUGCUAUGCUAAUGGAUUUACCGAAGAAAAAUGAGUCCUACAAGCUUAAGGAAUACUGGGAUGAACGUUUCGCUGAAGAAGACAAUUUUGAAUGGUGUAAAAGUUACUGUGAUUUUAAACACUUAAUGAUCCAACACGUGAGAAAGAAUGAUAGAAUUUUAAUGUUAGGAUGUGGUACUAGUAGACUGAGUGAAGAUCUGUAUCUUGAUGGAUAUAAGAAUAUUGUAAAUAUCGACUAUUCCCCAGUUGUUAUUGAGAAAAUGAAACAAAAGCAUCAAAAUUUUGUUGAGAUGCAAUAUUUGGUCAUGGACAUCACAAAAAUGACUUUUGACAAGAAAUCAUUUGACGUUGUUAUAGAGAAGGGAACUUUAGAUGCUUUACUGGUAGAUGAGAAACAUUUAUGGAACCCAUCAGAACAUAGUCGCAAGAUUAUGCAUGCUGUUCUUUUUCAG